AUGUCAAGUCGUCAUUUUGUNAUAGUAAAAAUAAAGAUUCUUAAUGAUAUUUUAUUUAUUUUGGUUGAAUCAGUUAUUAGUGAUUUAAAACAAAUAUUAUUUAAUCCAUUAAAACUAUUUUCACGUCGACAAGAUAAAAUAAAUGUUGAUUUAAAAUUAAUGAUUGAAUUUUUUCUUUCUUGUCUUCGUUUAAAUUCACAUAAUAAUGAAAUAUUAAAAGUUUGUUUAAAUUUAUUAUCACUAGCUAUGUUUCAUUAUGUAAUUGUUAAAGUAAUUUAUAGAAUAAUAACACAAAAAAACCAUUUACCUUGACGUAUUGAAUAUGCAACACCGGGAAAUAAACAAGCUUGGUAUGAUACAUUUGUUAGUCAACAACAUUUAGCAAAAUUUUCGGCUGUUUAUCCAAAACGAGUCGAUGAUUUAGAAAGUGGAGGUUCAACAACAGGUUCAUCAACAGUUAGUGGAAGUGAAACAGGUUCAUUAGCUGGUGGUGAUUAUGCCAAGAUUUGUCAACAUGGAAUUCCUGCUGAUACUCGACGUACAUCAAUGGAACCAGUUACAUCUGAUCUUCAUUAUUGUCCAGUAACAGGAUUUAUUGGUGAUUAUUUCCUUGGUUACGAAUUAAAUCCAUUAUGUUAUCCAAUAUUAUUUGAUCAAAUUAAAAUUCAAGUUGAUAAAUUUUUUUAUUCAAAUGGUCAAGUUAUUUGUUCGGAACAAAUUACACAAUUUAUUGAUAAUGUUAUUGUUAUAAUGCGUUCUCUAUUUGAAAUGAAAUCACAACAAUAUUUGUACCAAGUAAUAAUACAAAAUUCAUCACCAUCUGUUGUUGGUGGAUCAUCAAAUGAUCCAAGUUCAAAUUCUCCAAGUACAAGUGGACAUGGUGGACCACAACAAAUAAAUGAAAAUCCAUUAGCUAAUGUUAAUAUAUUAGAACAACUUGUAUUAAAUAUUGUUCGUUAUGCACGACAUUUAGAUACAAGUGUUGGAGCUGUUGCAAUACGAACACGUGUUUGUCAACUUGUUGAAUCAAUGAUUAAAAGACGAGAUGAUUUAUCAUUUAGACAAGAAAUUAAAUUUCGUAAUAAACUUGUUCAUGUAUUAGGUCAAACAGCAGUUGGUGUUGGUGUUGGUGUUGGUGUUAAUGUAACAACAUCACAAUUAGUUGUUGAUCAAUAUCAACAUUUAACACGUGAAUUAGAUCAAGUAUCAAUGGAAGCUGUUGCAUCAUUACUUCAUUCAUUACCAUUACAACCUGAAGAAAGUGAUCGAGGGGAUUUAAUGGAAGCUAAAUCACAAUUAUUUCUUAAAUAUUUUACUUUAUUUAUGAAUUUAUUAAAUGAUUGUAGUAAUGAUUUAAAUGAUGAUCAAAAUUCUUUAUCGGAUUAUCAUCAUCAAACAAAUAAUGAACGAACAACAACAAAUAUAAAUAAUCAAACACAAUUUAUUAAUCAAUUACAACAAAAACAACAAUCAUUAAGAAAUUCAACUAUUGUUGCUAUGUCAAAUUUACUUACAGCUAAUAUUGAAAGUGGUCUUAUGAGAAGUAUUGCACUUGGUUAUCAUCGUGAUCCACAAACUCGUGCAGCUUUUAUGGAAGUUUUAACAAAAAUUCUUCAACAAGGAACUGAAUUUGAUACAUUAGCUGAAACUGUUCUUGCUGAUCAUUUUGAACGAUUGGUAGAACUUGUUACAAUGAUUGAAGAUAAAGGAGAAUUACCAUUUGCUAUGGCUUUAGCUAAUGUUGUUUCUCCACAAUAUAUGAUAACAUUUUUUUUUCAUUUACUAUAUUUCACGUAG